GUGAUGACGCGUUGAAGGUUGUGCCAUGACAAGCAGUACACAUAUUCUUAUUCCACCAUCGUCUAAUAACAAUAUGAUUAAUAUAUUUCGUCCGUAUACAAAACACAUUUUUCUAUUUUUUAUUAUUUAUAUUGUCAUCUUUUCGUUCACGAUAAUUUAUAUCAAUCAAAGAAAUUGGGAAGAUAAUGAAAAAUCUAUCAUAUCUCUUUCAAAAAAGGUAGCGGAGCAAAAUAUAUUAAUUGAACACAUUCAUCAAACUGCUGAAAAAUUGAUAAAAAGAAAUGAUUCCUGGAAUAAAAGUAGUCCAACUAUUUAUGCCAUAACGCCAACAUUUGCAAGACCAGUACAAAAAGCAGAAUUAACAAGGUUAGCUCAAACUUUCCUUCAUAUUCCAAAUUUUCAUUGGAUUGUGGUGGAAGAUGCUACCGAACCCACUUCAUUAGUCACAAAUUUCUUAUGGGAAAGUGGUUUAUCAUAUCAACAUCUCCAUGUGGCAACUGCUCCUCAAAUGAAAUUGACCGCUAAAGAUCCACAUUGGAAAAAGCCUAGAGGAGCAGCCCAAAGAAAUGCCGGUCUUGCCUGGCUCCGAAAUAAUCUCAACAGCAGCACCAACGGUAUCGUUUAUUUCGCUGAUGAUGAUAAUACUUACUCUAUUAAACUAUUUCAAGAGAUGGAGAAGAUAAAGGUGAUUGGGGUAUGGCCUGUUGGUCUUGUUGGUGGAUUAAUGGUUGAAAGACCAAUUUGUGAUAAUAAGACUAAUAAAAUUAUAGGUUUCAAUUCUGCUUGGAAACCAGACAGGCCGUUUCCUUUCGAUAUGGCAGCCUUUGCUCUUAAUCUCAAGGUUGUUUUAGAAAAGAAGGACGUUUGGUUUACCUACACCGUCAGAAAUGGCUAUCAAGAAACUGAUUUUCUCCAACAGAUGGUUACGCUGGAUCAGUUGGAGCCUUUAGCAGACUGUUGUACGAAGGUUUAUGUUUGGCAUACAAGGACCGAAGCACCACAGUUGAAAGAUGAACAGCGAUUAAAUAAACUAGGGAAGAAGUCGAAUGACAAUAUCGAAGUUUGAAUCUUUUGUCGGAAGGAUUAUUGAAAGAUUUUUGCGUAGAUCACAUGAACUCAUCUUUAUCGAAUAUUAGAUUCGAAAUAUCAUCAAUUAUGUAUAUAGGAAAUAAUGAUUUGAAUUUAUACGAAUAUUUCAAAUUCGAUUUAAGAGUAAGCACUCUUAGAAUCCCCCCAUCCAUAGUUAGUAUGAACAAUGUUUACCUGUCAAACCAUGACAUUUUAUUUUUAUCCAUUGGGUAACAAUUGUUAUUUUUUAUAUGUACAAAUAUUUGUAAAGAAAUUUAUACAAUUCGUAUUUGAUUUCUCACUAACAUAUCUAAUUUCAAACCAUAUUGAUAUUUUAAUUGUUAGGUUUAAA